AUGGCGUCCCAAUCCGAUACUCUCUCAGAGAAUUUGGACUCAUUUUUGGACUAUACUGCCAUGAGUAUCUCCCCAACCAUGAGAGGUUGGGUGGUACAACAAACAUUCAUAAACAAGUAUUUUGAAGGGAAAAGGGUAACAUACGCUGACCUGGAGAUGCAGAUGUUGGCAAUGAAAUCAAAGCCAUCUGAGGAUCGUAAGAAGAUGGCUGCUCUGUACUUCUUAGCCAGCAUCCUCGUCGGAGGCCGAAAGAGUGGUGAGGGAGCAUCACCUGUGGACAAUUUCUUCAUGACUGUUGUUGAUGACCUAGAUGCGUGUGUAACGUUCCCUUGGGGGCGAUAUGCAUUCGAACAUAACUUGAAGGAUGUCUUUAGCUUCUUGGAGAAGUUCCGACGAGUUGGGUAUUUACAAGCUUUCCUGUUCCUUUGGAGGUAUUCUCAAGCUCUUCAUUUGUUGGCCUUUGAGGCAAUUCCAAGCUUGAGGAACCAUUUCCUAGAAAAUGUGAGUGUAGCAUGCAGUGGUUGCGCGCGGAUGUGCAAGAUGCAGUACAAACGCAAAAGUGGAACCAAGGAAUUCAGUCUGAAUGCUGUGAACGAUAAACUUGGUAAUAAUACAAAGGAUAUUGAGAGUAUCUUGGUAGCAACAGCAGCUGAGAAGGAACUUCUGGAAACCAUAGGGAUGGACAAGGAAAGUUGUUGGGCCGAUGACGCCGAUGAUGCAGCUGUUGAUCAGCAGUUCGGCAUCGAUAUUGAGGCUCGUACAGCUAAGAUUGAAGGUCCCACCAAUCCUAUCGGAGGACCAUCGAAUAAUGCAGAAUCUGGUCAGGCUCAUGCAGAUUCGGUGGAGGCUGCUGGAGCUAGGGCUUUAAAAAAGAUGGAAGGUCGGCUUAUGAAUGCAGUCCGAGAUGCAGUCUUAGAUGCUAUGAACGAAGUGAACGAAAAAGUCACUUCAUUGUCUAACCAGCUAAAUCUUGUAGAAGAGGAAGUGAAAAGGCUUAGGUUGAGUGGUAGUGACAAUCCGUCGGACCAAGAUGAUGGUAGUGAGGAGAAGGAGUCGGAGGAAGAGGAUGGUGGUGAUAAGGAGUCGGAGACUGAUGGUGGUGGUGAUAAGGAUUCAGCGAGAGAUGAUGGUGGUGAUAAGGAGUCGGAGAGAGAUGAUGGUGAUGAUGAUGAAAUUCUCGAUAUUACAAAGGAAAUAUAUAGCGAACAUGAUGGUGAUAGUGAUGGUGAUGGUGAUGUUGACAUGGAUGAUGAUGAUGCAGAGAUGUAUGCACAUGCUGACGAGGUCGAGAGAAAUUUAGAGGAUAAGGCAGAGACUGAGAAGGCAAGGACUGUAAAGACGAAAAAAAAGAGGUCGAGAUAA